AUGGCCAUUACCGGAGGGACGGUGGAGACUCUGGAUGACAUUCCAGCUAAUGUGUGGAAUGGUUUGCCUGACUGUCUGCACCUCGGACCCUCUGAUAUAAAUCAAAGCCGCAUCGGUGUCUGGGCCACAAAAAUAAUUCCUAAAGGCAAACGAUUCGGUCCAUUUGUUGGAGACAAGAAAAAAAGGUCUCAGGUGACCAGCAAUGUUUACAUGUGGGAGGUUUAUUUCCCAGCUCGAGGAUGGAUGUGUAUUGAUGCCACAGACCCCAUGAAGGGGAACUGGUUAAGAUAUGUGAACUGGGCUCGUUCCAGUGAAGAGCAAAAUCUUUUUCCACUGGAGAUCAACAGAUCCAUUUACUACAAAGUUUUGAGGCCAAUCAGCGCCGGAGAGGAGCUGCUGGUGUGGUACACACGGGAAGACAACCCGGAGAUAACAGCUGCGCUGGAGGAAGAAAGAGCCAGCACUCUGAGCAGGAAAAAGUCGCCCAGAGCCAAGCGAGCGAGGAGAAAGCUGCUGGAAAAAGCCAGACAAGCUGGUUUGGGUGGAUUCAAGAAAACUAGUGGAACCGAACAAAUUGUGAAGGAGAUGUGGGAGGGUGGAGAAGGUGUAAAGGAGGAAGAAGAUAGACCAUUGAGGACCUCGCAGGGACUCGAGGAUGGCCAUCCAUAUGGGAACACUGAUCACAACGAUGUGGAGGACAUGUCAUUAACAGUGAUGAACAGAGUAAACUGGGAGGAGGAGGAGGCUGAAGAGGAGGAGGAGCAAGAAGAAGAGGAGGAAGAUAGUGAUGAUACACGUGAAAUGCAGCAACAAACUUCUCAGGAAUUAACUGUAGCUGAAACCACGCAAAAUAAGCAGUCUGGCCCAUUGCUAACCUGUGGUGAAGAAAGCCAUAAGGAUUCACAGGUGAAGUUAGAAUAUUCUUUGGUUGCAGGAGAGCAGCAAGAGGUUCCACCUAAUGUUGACCCUGAUGCUGAGCUUGAGGGUGAACCACAAGGAGAAUCAUAUUCUUGUCCCCACUGUGAACGCCACUUUUCCACUAGACAGGGUCUUGAGCGUCAUGCACACAUUCACGCCAUCAGCAACCAGCAAGCACAACUCUUCAAGUGCCGAUACUGCAAUAAAUCCUUUGGCUCACAGGUGGGACGGCGGCGGCAUGAGCGAAGACAUGAAAGUGGGUUUAAGAAAAAGCCCGGCUUCCUGGCUGGGGCUAUCAGUGUACUCAGUCCUGUGAUUCAGACUGAUUCGAGUCCUGACUGCACUACCCCUACUAGUCACUAUAUAGCCAUAGGGUCCCAGUUUACAGGAGUGCAUGUGCAAACCCCUGAGAAAAAGGAGCUGGGACCUCAUGCUGACCGUCCCUUAACAUUGGAUGAAAAUGGGGAGUCAAAAGAACUCCAUCCCUGCAAGUACUGUAAUAAAGCAUUUGGCACACACACCAACAUGCGCAGACACCAACGGAGAAUACACGAAAGGCACUUGUUACCAAAGGGAGUUCGCAGGAAAGGCAUGCUGUUGCAGGACGCAUCAGCUCAGCAGACCGGCGCGGCCCUCAGCACCAGCCCUCCCACUGUUUAUGUGCCCAGUGCAGAUACAGAGGACGAGGCAGAUGGGGAUGAUUAUGCAGUUGACAUAUCGAAAAACAUCUCUGAAAAUCUAAGCUUCUACAUUGAUGGCAAGAUUGUGUCCACAAGCGCAGUGAGUGGUUGUGAGGUGAUAGAGGUGGAUUCAAGAUCUGCAUCUCUGUUUGGGUUGGACACAGUCAUCAUCAGUCAAAAUCAGAUCAAUCAAGCACUGAAGGUUGAGGCCAGAACAAACGUUGUAAAACAAAUCUCCAGUGGUGGGCAGUCUGCGUCCAAAAGGAGAACAUCGACACCUCCUCUUGUUACUAGUCUAAAAGUAGAGACGGACACAACUCCAUCAUCGUCGUCAUCAUCAUCAUCAUCCUCCACAUCUUCCUCAUCAAAAUUGUUAGUCGGUGGACUAUUUCAGCAAGCAACAGAUUCGGCAGCAUUUCAGCGGGAGAAACCAGUUUACCUCUCACCGAAGCUCAAACAGCUCCUUCAGACUCAAGACUUUCAAAAAUCAACCUUAGCUCUCAUAACAGACAGCCAUAGGCUGGCUUCCCCGCUCUCAGUCCCGCCACUGCACGGGGCUUCAGGGAGGUAUAAAAGAAGAACAGCUUCUCCCCCAUCAUCUCCCCAGCUCAGUCCUGCUGGUAAAACUGAAAGCUGUCAAGGUGAAGGGGUGAAUCCUCUCAUGCUUAAGGUGCCAAAGCUUGAAAGUCACAGUGUGCCACCUCCUGAGAGCAUGUUGGAGAUAAAUGAUGGAGAUUCUCUAAGCUCCCCUGGAAAUUCGGCCCACAGCCAAGCUUCCUCUAGUAGUGGAGGAAACUCCUGUAACCAACAGCCCUUGGAUCUCUCAAACUCUGUCAGUAAACAUACCGAUGGCUUGAACAGGGUACUUGGGGAUUCAGCUCUGGACUUGAGCUUACAUCGCAAGAGUGCGGUCAAACCAGAACUGAAGGGAAAUUCAGCGUCCCAGUCUGUUAAAAAGAAAAAGCCUAACACCAGUAUGCUUGAAAAAGUGCUCAUGAAUGAUUAUGUUGGUCUGGCCUUGCCAGCAGAAGAGGGCCCCUCAGCCCUGACAAACCCAAGUGGUUUCCAUUCUCGGUCUUCAAACACUGCAUCAGAAUCUGCUCACCCAUCUCCACCAUCUUUGACCCCUGUCACAAUGAAUCCCUGUUCCCCCGACUCCUGCAGCGUAUCAUCUCCAACACCUCCUCCCCCGGUCCUACCUACCAUACCAUCUCCACCGGCUAUGCCUAGCUCUCCUCUGCCUUCAGACUCUCCUGCACAGAGACCUCUUCCUGUCCUCUCUCCUAAAAUGUCUCCAAGAUCAAUUGAACACAAGCACUCAUCGGACUCGGCUGAGGAUUAUUUAACUGAGGAAAACAAAGAUGAAGAUGAGAAGCAAAUCUUUAGCUCACUGGAUUCCUUAAGUACUCCCCUUGAAGGUCCCCCACUUUCUUUAACACCAAGUCCUCCUGGGCCUGCAGCAGUAGAUCUACCUAUUGCAGAGGAUAACGUUUCUCUGCCUGCAACUUGCAACAGUCAGCUUAAUGGCAUUGUCACAGAAAACGAGACAUCUUUGAAAUUGGAGUCUACUGCACUCUCAUCCCACCCUGAAUUAUUGUCUUCCUCAGCACCUCACUCUCCUAAAUCACAGGAGUCAUCUCUGUCGCUUGUUUCCCAAUCUUUUCCUCAGAUUAAAGUGAAGGAGGAGCCUCAGCACUGUGAAGACGAGUUAUCAGUUACAAAUGAUGCGCCUCAGUUUUGUCCCGACUCUUCUCCCCCUCUCGCUACUCCUGAAAAACCGUCUAAGACCUCUGAGGCAGAGGAACUUGAUUUGUCUUACUGCAAGACAUUUGUGUGUAAUGUCUGCGAAGAGCCGUUCAACUCCAUUAAAGAGCUCAGCGCCCAUAUCACAGAGCACGCUACAGACUGGCCCUACAAGUGUGAAUUUUGCGUUCAGCUGUUUGGCGAUGCCCCUGCUCUGCUGACUCACCGGACGACUCUGCACGGAGUGGGUCAGAUCUUUGUAUGUUCCGUCUGUUCCAAAGAGUUUGCCUUUCUUUGUAAUCUCCAGCAGCACCAAAAGGAUCUGCAUCCUAACGAGACAUGUUCACAUACUACUGUAGAGAGUGGUAAAAUUAGGCCACAGAAUUACACAGAUAUAUCCAGAGCCAAAGAGGAAAGCAGUCCUUCGACACCAGCACCAGAACUGUCUGAUGAGAAUUCUCCACACCCAGACCCUCUUUUAGCAAAAGAAGAGGCGGAUGUAAAUGGUAAUCAUACAGAAGACCCCAACGAGGAGUUGUACACUACAAUAAAGAUUAUGGCCUCAGAAGGAGGAAAGCCUAAGGGCCCGGAUGUCCGAUUUGGCAUCAAUCAACACUAUCCCAGUUUUAAACCACCCCCUUUCCCUUAUCACAGCCGUUCUCAUGCUAGCUCAGUGGCCUCCGCCACAAACUUCACUACUCACAACAUACCACAAACGUUCAGCACCGCCAUUCGUUGCACCAAGUGUGGCAACAGUUUUGACAACAUGCCUGAACUUCACAAGCAUAUACUGGCCUGUGCCAAUGCCAGCGAUAAGAAGCGUUACACUCCCAAGAAAAACCCCAUCCCCCUCAAACAAAUCGUGAAGAGUCCAAAUGGAGUCGCGUCACCGACAGCAAGCACUGCAGGCCAGGGUGCUUUCCGUAGGAUGGGUCAGCCAAAGAGACUAAACUUUAAUCAAGAUAUCGGUAAAACAAAAAUGAGUGCCCUCAGUAAGAAGAGAAACCAGCUGGUCCAGAAGGCGAUCUCUCAGAAAAAUAAAGCUGCCACUACUGUAAAGAAGGCUUUUGUCAAAGUGGAAGAAGAGUCGGCCUCUAGCGUCUGUCCCCACUGCAGUCGGGAGUUCACUUACACUGCAAGUCUGACUAAACAUAUGGCAAUCAGCUGUCCCAUGAAGCCUGUUGUUACUAAAAAGGGCAAAAAAGGUCUGGCAGAGGUGAAAAAGGAGGCUGUUUCUGUUGUAGAUAAAAAUACAUGUAGAAAAAAGGCUUCAGACUGUGACACACAAACGGAGCCAGAGGCUAAACCUCUGGGUAAGACCAGGGCUCGUAGCUCUGGUGCAGCAGACCCUGAAUCCUUGCAGGCAAGCAAAGGAAAAACUGCUGCUAAAAUGGGCCGGCUAAAAAGGCCUGCCCUCUACACGAAACCGGUUUCUGCUAGCAAAAAAACCAAGAAGGGUCUAGUUCAGCCUUCACCUCACACCCUUCCAGCCCUGGCCGCUCCUAGUGACCCGGCACAGCAGCCCGCCGCGAGAAUGCAGCGGCCAGCAGCGGGCAAGGAGCCAGCACUAAAGAGGUCGACAGAGACCAAGUCGCCACCGUCAUCACAACAACUGAAGAAGGAAGAGCGGUUCUCCCUCCGAAUGAGAGAGAGGCUGGGUGGUCCGGUGACCAGGAGUUCACAGAUGGCAAACGCAGCUCCUCCUGCUGAGCUGAAACCUGAGGAACCACCAGUGCAAGAGCCAAAAGAAUCUCAGGAGCUGCUGAUGAAAUAAGCCAUGAUGACAGUGUCGAGCUCUUCCUUGGAAUAGUCUUCACCUAUCAGAGAUCCCUCUGGACUCAACUAGGCACUGAGGAUGACCUUUUUUCUAUUUUUUUUUUCCAUCCAAGACUCUGCUGCCUAUCUGAACUGCCUCCGCUGGAUUAAAGGAGGGAACUCUUAUCUUUCAUCUAUUUUAUGGACUAAACUGAGCCUUGAUUUCUGCCAGCCUUGCAAAAAAAGAAAAACAAACAAAAACUGUAGAUGACAGUGAGUUAAUAUAUAUAUAUACAACACGCGUCAUUACUUGACCCAAAACAGUAAGGUUAGGGCUCCGUUACUUUAGAAAACUGAUAUAUUGCAAAUGGCAAUCAUCAUAAUUCAGUUUGUGAGGUAAAUUUGUUAAUUAUUUUGUUCCAUAUUUUCCAUUUGGGUUUCUUAGAUGUUCAACACUCUGUUAAUGCAUGUCCUAAAUAGAAAAAAACCCUAGAUGAAGCCGGUUCCCAGGUCUCCCCCAGUGGGUGCAUACUUCGGUUUAUACAUGCUGUAUGUAAGUAUGUAUUUUUUGAUUUAAAAUUUUGUAGUCAAAGUAGAAUAUAUCUUAUUGGCAUAUUUUUGUUUGGGAAACAAAAAUCAAAGUGGCUGUUUUUUUUGUUUUUGUUUUUUUUUUUACUGCAGCAGUUGGUCCUCAGGAACAGGAAGAUUGUGACUUGUUUAUGGUUUGAGGUGCAACCUGACAGAUAUUCCUUCAUAGUCCAAAUCUCAAAUACUUGCUUUCUGCUUGGUCUAUCAGAUGUUGGCGGGUAAUUCCAGCUGUAGAUUGAUGGGAAUCAUUUCUUUGAAAUACUGUCUGUCUUGAAAGUAGUUUUUAAUAUCAUUCAAACAGCCCAGUGUUCUGACAGCACUUUAAAACAAACUGCCAAAACUUUAAUUAAGCUGGAUCGGCGAGGUCGGUGUCAUUACAGCAGCGCAUCUAUGGAAACUGUUCAGGUCUGUUACGCUCUUCAGAUAUUGAUAAUUUGCCCCAAAAAAUGGAGUAGAUCUUAUUUAAAAAGUUCUACUCUGUCAGCCUUUUCGCAAACAAGUCUAAACUGGUUUAGUCCGUUGAAGGGUUUUGACACAUGAAAAUGAAGAUCCGUUUUAAAUGGACGUUUACAAAGUCGUGUCUUUUUGUCUUAUUAUUUGAAAGCCAUGCUGAAAGAUUUGAGGACUGCUUGAGCGAGUCUACAUGUCGUGAUAAAUUCAUCCUGCCAAUGAAACGCUCCUGAUUGUAAAAUGUUUUCAGUUCAGUCUCUUCAGUCUUCACCAAGCUUUUCCCUCACACACAUGUGCAGCUGCACACAGGCAGCGCUUUGACGCUUGUAGCACAUUAUUGAAAAGUAAAUUGAACAACAUGAUUUGAAGCUAAUUCAUGUUUCAGUGAGAAAUCUUUGUUUUGCCUUUUCAGCAUCAAGAUGUAUAUUUAAGGAUGAACAAAAUUUAAAAAAAAAUCCUAAAUGACCUCAAAAUGUUGCUGUAAUUAACAUAAUAAAGAAAAAGUUUUGUUUUUUUCACUUUGUAUAAAAUUGUUAUUGUUAUUUUGCUUACGGGGUCUCAGUUGUACCCAGCUCUCGAAGACGUGGCGGGUGCAGAUGGUUCAUGUGUGGAAAUAUUCAUGUUGAUUAAAAAAAACAAAACAAAUUAAGUCCAAUUAAUGUGUAAUUUUAUUUCUACAGUAUCAUGAUUAUGUAUGUAUGUAUUUACAAUAUCAGGAAUUAUUACUUUGUGAUUGCAGAAGGAGAGAUUGUGAUUGAUUGCACUCUUAAAUGGGUUUGACUCUUAACACAUGAGACCUUAAUUUUAAACAUAAUUUAUUCCCCAGCCACCGCUGCUGUAAAGUUUCACAUAUUACAUUUACUGAUUGCCUUUUCCACUUGAAGCAAUAGCGGGACCUGCCAAUUUGUAGUGAAAAAAGUUUACAUUUGAUUUUAUUUUGAUGGAAGCUGGGGUGUCUGCCAUCAGCUGUGUUUUUAGCUGCACUCCAGGGUCCACAACUCUCAUCAGUGCAACUGUUUCUGGGAGAUCGGGUCAUUUGUUUUUGUUUGUUUUUUAGGAGCAGUUCAUUCGUCAGAAGGGGUUGAUGUGUAAGUCAGUUUCCCAAAUUCUUACCUGGACCUUGUUAAGCUUUAGAUGGGGAGCUGAACUUUGAGCAAGUGUAAGAAUUGAUAGAUAAAUGUAUGUAAUGACUAAUGUUGCAUGCAGGACAAUUUUUCAAAAUGAGUGUGAUUGCACGACUAAUUUUCUUUUUUU